GAGGGGGACUUCUUUUGGUGUUACUACUUCCGGUGUGAUGACGCUCCGCCCCGGGACGUUACCCACGUGUGUUCAUAGAAAUGUGUUGAUAUGUUUCUAUCGGUAAGCUCGUGUUUUGAGAGCUUGUUUUAGCUGCUUUAGAGGCUCUGUUCAUUUAGUCAACAUGGAUCUCGUCUCUAGGGAUUCCUACAUUCAAAAGUUCGCCAGCAAAGUGUUUUCUCAACAAGACCAGGAGCCGAAGAAGAGACCGUUUGCAUAUUUUAAGGGUAAAAAUGACACUGGUCCUCCAAAGAAGACGAAAAAGUGCAAGAAGAAACAUUUCAAAGAAAAGAGCACUGAUGAGAAGACACCGGCUCCUAAACCCCAAAUAAAGGCUUCAUCCUCCCCUGCAGCACAGAAAGGCCCGGCCACAGCUAAACUGAAUGGGUCCACAGCUCAGAGCAUAAAUGCAUCAACACUGACACCUAAAGAGUCCAACUUCUCCACCAUAGAUGUACUACGCAGGAGACUUCAUGAGAAGAUCGAAGAGUCCAGAGGGCAGGGAGCCCCAAAGGAUUCGGCAUCAGAGGCCGUCCAGGCUAAGCGAGCAAAAAGAAAGGUGGAGCGGGAGCGCAAGAAGAGGAAGAGGAAAGAGUUUCGGCUGAAGAAAUUGGCUGAAGAAAGUGGCAAAGAACAGCAGCCGGAGAUAAAGCAGGAGAUAAAACAGGAAGAGCGCGCCCCGGCCGUGAACAAGAGAAGCGAAACUGCCAUUGUGUUCAACAAGGUGGAGAUGGUGGAAGAGAGGUAUGUAGACAAAAUGCAGAAAAAGAAGAACAAGAAGCAGAGUAUGAAGGGCCAGUUGACACCGCUGACGGGGAAGAACUACAAGCAGCUGCUCGGUCGCGUCGAGGCUCGCAAAGCCAAGCUGGAAGAGCUGAGGGAGAAGGACGAGGGGAAGGCCCGCGAGAUGGAGGAGAAGAUGAAGUGGACCAACGUGCUCUACAAGGCAGAGGGUCUCAAGAUCAAAGACAACGAGGUCAUGCUGCACUCCUCGUUGAAGCAGAAGGAGAAGAGGGGCGACCAGAGGAAGAAGCAGUGGAGCGAGCGGAGCGAGAACGUCAUCGAGAAGAUGCAGCACCGCCAGGACAAGAGGCGGAAGAACAUCCAGAAACAGAAGCACGCCAAGACUGAGAAGAAGAAGGACAGGGCGAGGAAGAGAGGCCGAGUGCUGCCAGAGGACUUGAAGAAAGCAACAUUGUAGAGGACUGUGUGUUAUGCCGCGUUUUACAACAAAAAACAAAAAAUCAUCGGCGAUGUUUUAAUGUUGAAAAUAAAUCCGUCUCUUUUUAUGGCAGCAUGAUUCAUUUACAUGAUAUUAAAGCGCUGCUGCACGUAUUGUACCUUUUAUUCCUGUCGAGGAGUAAUAUGAUGUGUCAAUAAAAUGUGAUGCUUAUGAUGAACUUAAA